UGCAGUUAUAUCCUGAACCAGCCUGAGGCUUUGCUGCAAACGCAGGAGCGGUCACCUCCAGGUCUGGAGGGUCGGGGGACCCCUCUGAUUUGCCAUGGGACCCAGCAGAUGCAUCUGGGAAGGAUGGACCUUGGAGAGUGAGGCCCUGAUGCGAGAGUUGAGUACCUGGCUCCUGAUCUGCACCUGCAUCAGCACGUGGGUUGGCUUGGGAGUCUCCGUCCACGGCGAAGGAGGAGGGCUCGUGGCUGGGUCCUUCACCUGCCUCAACAACAACAUCCUGAGGAUCGACUGCCGCUGGUCUGCUGUGCAGCCGGGUCAGGGCCCCAGCCCCUGGCUCCUCUUCACCAGCAACCACGCUGUGGGCAGCACGCACAGAUGCGUCUUCCGGGCCAGCGAGUGCACUGUGGUGCUGCCGCCCGAGGAGGUGCUCGUCCCUUCUGACAACUUCACCAUCACUUUCCACCGCUACGUCUCUGGGAAGGAGCAGGUCAGCCUGGUGGACCCACAGUACCUGCCCCGGAGACACGUGAAGCUGGACCCUCCCUCUGACUUGCAGAGCAAUGUCAGCUCUGACUACUGUGUCCUGACCUGGAACGUCAGUCCUGCCUUGGAGCCUCUGACCUCCAUGCUCAGCUAUGAGCUGGCCUUCAAGAGGCAGGGGGAGGCCUGGGAGCAGGCCCGGCACAGGGAUCGCAUUUUUGGGGUGACCUGGCUCAGGCUUGAAGCCGUCGAGUUAGGCCCCGGUUCCAGCCACGAGGCCAGGCUGCGCGUCCAGAUGGCCAUGCCGGAGGAUGACGUGGUAGAAGAGCAGCGUUAUGAAGGCCAGUGGAGUGACUGGAGCCAGCCUGUGUGCUUUCCCUCCCCCCAGACCCCUGGGCCCUUCCUACCCACAGGUCCCCCGUUCUCACCUCGGGGGCAGCCUGACAGCACCCUUGUUGCCGUGCCCGUCUUUCUGCUACUGACCAGCCUGACCUACCUCCUGUUCAAGUUUUCACCCAGGGUGAAGAGAAGCUUCUACCAGAACGUGCCCUCUCCGGUGGCCUUCUUCCACUCCCUCUACAGUGUACACAACGGGGACUUCCAGACCUGGAUAGGGGCCCACAGAACUGGUCUGCUGCCGAGCCCGGACUGUGUCGGUUCCCCAAGAAGAGCCUCGGAGUCUAGUGUCCCGGAGGCCAUUGCGUGGCUGACCUGUGACCCCAUGCAGUCAGUGGUCGUGGAGGAAGAGGAGAAGGGCCUCCUGGAGGCCAUGCUGCUAGUGGGGCCUGUGGCACAGGGAGCACAGUCACCUGCCUACCUGCCACAGGAGGACUGGGUCCCUGUGAGCCCCAGCAGGCCCGCUCCCCCGCAGGCAGAGGGUAGCAGUGGUGACUACUGUGCCUUGGGCUGCCCCUCGACCUUCCUGGGAAACCUGCAGAGCUCUGGACCCAGCGUGGCUUUGGCCUAUGGCCUGUCCUGUGACCAGCAGAGCCUGGAUGCCUGGCAAGGAGGGACCUGCAUAGGAUGUGGUCACAGAGAGGUGCAAGACCCCAAUGAGUGUGUCGCAUGAGGCCCUCAGGGCACUUUCUUCGCUCCUACCCUUUGCAGACACUGGGUUUGCUCUAGAAGCCUGACUUGGUCAGCUGCAUACUGUCCGUCAUGUGGAAAAUAGACUGAAGUCUCUGAGAGUGAAACUCCUGCACAGAUACCCUGUCUGGUAGGAGGCAGGUGACCAUCCUCUCUCCCCUCCCCGCAGCAUCCCAUCACCUAGCCCCCACUCCCUGCUUUCUGGCUCCGGCCUGGCACCUCACAGAAGGGGCGCUGUUGGCCCCACAGCUUGAACUGCCAUCAUGCCCUUAACGGGCCAGCCAGCACCCAGCAGACGCAUAUGAGGCACCAUGACCGGGCCGAGCAUCCUCUUCCUGUGCCUUCCCGAGGCACCCAUCCUCCUGAGAUGAGAAGGGACUCAGUGGUCGUUUCACAUUGCUGCUGGCUGCGAGAGGGGCCUGGAGGAAGUGCACGGCGUUGGGGCCUAUUCUUUGUUUUUUUGGGGCUGGGGGUGGUGACAUUUUGAAGUUAGGAUCCAAUGGAGGCCUUCCCCUCUCCGGGUAACCAGCCAGAGAGGGCACCUCUCCAUGAGUCUCUGGUGUCCCCUGUGUCCUGUACAGAAGAAAAGCACUUGUGUGCCCAGGCUCCCAAAGGCAAAGGCUCCCUCCGCCUCAGACAGGCCUCCCCUCCCCUCUGCGUGCGGAGGCCCCUGGGGUUUUGUGGGGAGCCUCAGCUGAGCCAGAUCAUGGUCAGCAGGGGUGAGUCAGGACCCAGGAUGUAUUUUUAGCAUGUAGAGAGAGGGUGGGGUGUGGACGGAAGUGAAAUGUAAGUAUCUUCAGCUCUAGCCAAGGAUAAAAAAAAUAGCAUGAAUCACUUCCUGGAGCCGACCUGACCCAUGGGGAGCCCCGGCCUGGGGUGUUAUAGCAGCAUCUGUGUGGCUCCUGUGGCUUCACAGGGAGCCUGGGCCACCUGCACGUGACAAGUGACCCCCACAGCGGGGCUGCCUCUUCUGUGUGGCUGGAGACAUUAUUCCUGUGAGUCACAUCUCUUCUCUCAGUGGCACCCAGAGACCUGGCUUUGGGACAGAGCUCAAGUGUGCACCUACUUAGAAGCUGUGCGACCAUCCGUGAGCCAUCCCUGCCCCUUCGGCCCGUCGGACCAACAGUCCCUCCUAGUGUUGCUGAGAGUUCACCAGAGCAAGCCGCCUGAACGUCUCAGUGCUCAGAAAACACUGGUUUCCCCUUUUCAUGAUGAAAUGACCUUUGAACACUGUGUGCUUUGGUCCGGUUUACAGCAGAGCAAGGUUUGAAGACCUUGGGGUCAGGAAGUCGCUGAGCGCUGGGCACUGAUGGAGUCAGAGAGCAGCUGGCUGGGAGUUGGAACCCUCACACAGCUGGUGGCUUGAACAGUUGGCCACACGGCAUGGGCUGGAGCUGAGGUAUUCAAAACUUGGCUGGCUGGGCCGCAGAGGGCCUGGAAUGCCAGGCUGGGCACAGUGAGGGAAGGGGACCCUCCCUGGCGAGGGAGGAUGCCCAGUGGCUUCUCUUUCUUUCUUUGUUUUUUAAAGAUUUUUAUUUUUAAGUAAUCUCUGCACUCAACACAGGGAUAGAACCCAUAACCCUGAGAUUGGGAUCUGCAUGCUCCAGCGACCGAGCCAGCCGUGGCCCUCUUUCUUUAAUUUCCAGUGUGGUGAAAUUCACACAUUCUAAACAGAACUCUUCUAAAGCAUUCAAUUCAGUGACAUCUAGUACAUGCAUCAUAUUGUCCAACUGUCAUCAGGCCCAAAGGUAAUCCCGUUCCCAUGAAGCAGUAGCUCCCCCUGUGCCCCCCACGCGUCCCAUGCAGCUCCUUGCCUGGCUCCUGUCCCUGUGGAUUUGCCUAUUCUGGACACUUCGUAUAAACACAGUCAUGUGACUUUCUGCACACCCUUUUCCCUCAGCGUAGUGUGUUUCAGAUUUAUCCACAUUACCAAAUGGGUACCUCGGUCCUUUCCAUGGCUGAAUAUCAUCCCAUUGGGUGUGUGGACCACAUGCAGUUCCUUCAGCCUUGUGCUGGGCAUUUGGGUUAUUUCCACGCUUUCACUAUUGUGAGUGGUCCUGCAGCGAACUUUUGCAUACACGCUUUUGUUUCCAUACCCGUUUUCCAUGUUUUUAUGUGUAUUCCUUGGAGUGGAAUCACUAGGUCAUUUUAACUACGUUAGGAUUUUUGAGGAACCACUGAACUGUUCUCCACAGUGACUUCAACAUUUUACGUCAGUAACGUACUGGGAAUCCAGUUUCUACAUGUCCUCGCCAACAAUUGUUAGUGUCCUUUUUUUUAAGUCGGCCUUCUGAUGGGUAUAUUAAGUGGUGCCUCACUGUGAUUUUGACUUGCAUUUCCCUGGUGCAAGUUGGCUGGUAACGUUGAGCAUCUUUUCAUGUGCUCCUUGUCUGUCUUCUUUGUUCAAGUCCUUUGCCUAUUUUUUCAUUGGGUUGCUUGUCCCUGUGCUGUCGAGUUGUAGGAGCUCUUUCUUUAUUCCAGACACUAAACUCAUAUCAGAUAUUCCAUUUGCAAAUAUUUCCUUCCGUUCCGCAUGGUAUUUGGUAUCAUACACAAUAGAUCAUUGCCUAAUCCAACCCCAAUAAACACAUGAAAAGAUGCUUAACAUCCUUUGACAUCAGGAAAAUGAAAAUGAAAAGCAUAAUGAGUUGCCACUUCACACCCGUUAGAAUGGCUGUUCUCUAAAAACUACAAGCUAGUUUUGGUGAGGAUGUGAAGAAAUUAGAACUGUCGCGCGUUUUUCGACGGAAAUGAAAAAUGAUAGCAGUGAUGGUUACACAUUAUGAAUAUUCACUUAAAAAUGGUGAAAAUGAGGGCCUCCUGGGGGCUCAGUCUG